CUCAUACUUGCCAAAUUCGAUUUGUUUUGUGUAGACGUAUGAAAUGUCCUUAAGUUCAAUGUUUUGAAUGUUUUAUAAUAUAUCCUUAUAAAAUGGGUAAUGCUGACACAAAAUUGAACUUCCGGAAAGCUGUAGUUCAGCUAACAUCGAAGAAUCAACCUAUCGACGCUUCUGAUGAUAAUUUCUGGGAUCAAUUUUGGUCGGAAAGCGUGACGAAUGUCCAAGAUGUUUUUGCUUUGGUUCCGGGAGCAGAAAUUCGUGCCUUACGUGAAGAAUCGCCAAAUAAUUUGGCGACUCUGGUGUAUAAAGCUGUGGAGAAAAUGGUCAAAAUCGUAGAUAACAGCUGUCGCACGCAACGGGAACAGCAUACAGCAUUAAACUGCGCCCGAUUACUGACUCGAGUCUUACCAUAUAUGCUAGAGGAACAGGAGUGGCACAGCUUCUUCUGGUCGUCACUACCAGCUGCUGCAGAAAAUGAAUCAGUACCUCUGGCCCAAUCUCUUAUAAAUGCUAUUUGUGAUCUGCUCUUCUGCCCUGACUUCACAGUAACUAGCACUAAGAGAUCGGGUCCAGAGCGUGCCGAGGAACUGUCGUCUUUAGACAGCUGCGAGUACAUCUGGGCGGGCGGGGUCGGCUUCGCGCGCAGCCCCGCCAGCUCCGCCCAGCACGAGGCGGCUCGCACCGAGCUGCUGCGGUUGUUGCUCACGUGCUGCAGCGAGACGGUGUACAGGCCGCCUCAGCAAGCGGCCACACAUCAUAAUAAGUGGAUCGCAUAUCUAACGAGUUCAGAAAACCGUCAUGCAUUACCGCUAUUCACGUCGCUACUGAACACAGUGUGCUCAUACGAUCCAGUGGGUUUGGGUGUGCCUUACAACCACUUGUUGUUCGCUGACACGCUAGAACCACUGGUCGAGGUGGCUUUACAAGUUUUAAUUGUCACGCUAGAUCACGAUACCAGCAAUGCAGUAAAUGAAGAAUCAGAUGAGAGUCUCCCAGACAACCUGUUCAUCAACUAUCUGUCCCGGAUCCACCGCGAUGAAGACUUCGGUCUGGUGCUCCGUGGUGUCACCCGCCUUCUGAACAAUCCCCUGCAGCAGACCUACCUGCCAAACUCCAGUAAGAAGGUGGCCCUGCACCAGGAGCUGUUGGUGCUGUUCUGGAAGAUGUGUGACUAUAACAAGAAAUUCAUGUACUACGUUCUAAAGAGCAGCGAUGUUUUAGAAGUGCUAGUGCCUAUACUCUAUCAUCUUAAUGAUUCAAGAGCUGACCAAUCCCGCGUUGGCCUCAUGCAUAUUGGCGUAUUCAUCCUCCUCCUUUUGUCCGGGGAACGCAACUUCGGGGUGCGCCUCAACAAGCCCUACACAGCCACUGUGCCGAUGGACAUCCCCGUGUUCACGGGGACGCACGCGGACCUGCUGGUGGUGGUGUUCCACAAGAUCGUCACCACUGGCCACCAGAGGCUGCAGCCGUUGUUCGAUUGCUUGCUGACUAUUUUGGUGAAUGUUUCCCCAUACCUCAAGACGCUAUCAAUGGUGGCGUCAACGAAGCUACUCCAUCUCCUGGAAGCCUUCAGCACCCCCUGGUUCCUGUUUUCGCAGCCGCAGAACCACCACCUGGUCUUCUUCCUACUCGAAAUGUUCAAUAACAUGAUACAGUACCAGUUUGAUGGCAACUCGAACCUAGUGUACACGAUAAUCCGCAAGCGCGGCGUGUUCCACAACCUCGCCAACUUGCCGCACGAGCACGCGUCCAUCGCGCGCUCGCUCGCCGCCGCCGAGCGCGCGCGGGACCUCUCCGCGCUGCCCAGGUCUCGAAGUGCCGAGUCGGUGGUGGAAGCGGCGAUGGAAGGUUCUAGACCGGCCCAACCCGCGGAGCCCGGCACCCUCAACCCCACUUUGCCCGAUACACCUGCGAUCGCGACGAUGACGGAGCGCGAGUCGGCGCACCCGCCGGCGCGCGAGCAGCUGCUGCCGCGCCGCGCGGGCGACGGGGAGGAGGGCGCCGAGCCCGAGGGAGCGGAGCGGGAGCGGGACGGGGAGGGGAGGAGCGUCGCGCACAGGGACAGUCUCCGAGUGAGCGAGAAGAGUGAGGAGGAGAGGGCGGAGUGCGGGUGGAAGGCCAGCAGCGAGUGGGUGGCCAGCUGGCGCGGCAGGCUGCCGCUGCAGACCAUCAUGCGGCUGCUGCAGGUGCUGGUGCCGCAGGUCGAGAAGAUCUGCAUCGACAAGGGGCUCACGGACGAGUCGGAGAUCCUGCGGUUCCUGCAGCACGGCACGCUGGUGGGGCUGCUGCCGGUGCCGCACCCGAUCCUCAUCCGCAAGUACCAGCCCAACGCCGGCACCGCCGCCUGGUUCCGCACCUACAUGUGGGGCGUCAUUUAUAUACGAAACGUGGAUCCGCCUAUUUGGUAUGACACUGACGUCAAACUGUUCGAGAUACAACGGGUCUGAGAUAGAUAAUUUGUAUAAAAAAAUUCCAGUAGUUAUUUAUUAAUCACAAUGUAUAUGUUAUCACAGCUAUAUACGACCAAUGGUGGGUUAUGUUGAGUUCUAGAAUAUUAAUGGCAAAUUAUACGUAAUAUUAAAAAAUAUGCACUACCAAAUUUUAUUGUUGUUGCCAACUUUAAGUAGUCGCAUUAUAUUUCGUUAAACAAAUUUUAAAAAACUUAAAUGUCAGACUGACAGUAAGUAAUGUGCAGAUUACGUACAUCCAAAUAUGAUGUUAGUUGACUUUCAUAGGAAUUUUCCUAUCAAGAAUCAAUUAGAAUUUUGCUUCAUUGAUACAAGGGGACUCUAUCAUUCUGUAAUAAUCUGUCAAAUUGACAUUUAACCCAUAUCUUCCCUUAUGCAUCAUUCAUAUGCGUGAAAUGUCACGUUGACAGUUAAAAUUUAAUUCAAGUGUAUAUAAUGUGACUAAAUUAAUUUUGGGUUUCGACAAUACCAUAAUUGUUCUUUAUUUUAAACAACUUACUGCGCUUUUAUUUACAUUUGUGGCUUAGAAUAAACAAUUUUUGUGUAAAUCUAAAAUUAGACUGUUAAUAUACGUAUCUAACAAGGCAUAAUAGGCAACAUUUUAAACCAUCUAUUUGUGAUAAAUUAUAUCCUGUACUUUAGUAAAAUAUUUUAGCUUUGAAUUUUAAAUAAGAAAUAAUAUGUGAACGUGAAUAUUUGAGGCAUACAUUAGAUUUAUUUAUUGUGUUAUUUUUCCGUUAAGGUGUUAAAAAUUUAAAGUUUUUCUAUGAAUCUAUGCUUUAUUGUUUUUCUUAUCUGUAGGUCUAGUCACUUUUCGUGUAUGUAUGUACUUUAAUGUAGUUUUCCGUGCAGUUUGCUUUAAUCGAACAAACUUUAAUGUUUCUUAUGAAUUAUUUAUAUCACCAUUCCAUUUUUAAAAUUUCCCGCCUUUAGAAAAAAUCGGCGUUUUAUGAGGCAAAUUUUACAUUGGCUCCAUUCCUGUCCUUGUUUUAAUUUUAAAACAAAAUAUACCAGAUGACAAAAUGCAUUUUUAAUACUAUAUUAUGUCGAAUAUUAUAUAGAAUAAUG